GGUCAGAAUGCACUUAUUUUGACAAAGCAUCUCGUAGAACGCGUCACACGAUUCCAAUGCUUCACCACCAUCUCCAUGGCCGUCGCGUCAUCUCCAUUAUCUGCUGCCUUCCUCCAACCUCCAUGGCCCUGUCUCCCUUCACCUCCACUCCACCUUCAGCUACCUCUUCGAUGAAAGCACCACCGCACCUCACCUCCUUCUUUAACCUUCUUCAAUUUCCUUGGCUCAAAUGAUCAAGAAUCAAGAAUCUCCUCCAUGGCCAGAAGAGCUCAAGUCCCCCACCACACCCACAAAGCUCUCUCCCUCAAGAAGCACUACAAGUGGCUUCUCUGGUUCUCUCUCUCCGUCUACCUCUUCCUCUCCACCACCUCCUCUUACUCAUCCUUCCUCUUCCUUCACCCCCUCCGACUUAACUCCAAUCUCCCAGCUCGAGCUCUAAUCGAGCCCAAAAAUCCAUCUUCCCACUCUUCUCUGCCCAAAGUGUAUGUCUACGAGCUGCCUUCCCGGUUCAACACCGACUGGCUCGCCAACGAGCGCUGCGGCACCCACCUGUUUGCGGCGGAGGUGGCGAUCCACGAGGCGCUGCUGCAGUACGCCGGCCGCUCGCUCGACCCGGAGGAGGCGGACUUCUUUUUCCUCCCUGUGUAUGUGUCCUGCAACUUCAGCACCGUUAAUGGCUUCCCUGACCUCCACCAUGCCCGCCCCCUUCUCGCAGCCGCCAUCGAGCUGGUAGCCGGCGAAUUCCCGUUCUGGAACCGCUCCCGAGGCCGCGACCACGUCUUGGUGGCCUCGCACGACUACGGCGCCUGCUUCCAUGCCAUGGAAGAUGUAGCGAUUGCCGACGGGAUACCUGAGUUCAUGAAGAAUUCGAUCAUCCUGCAGACAUUUGGGUUGCGGCGGCCACACACGUGCCAGGAAGCAGAACACGUGCUGAUUCCGCCCUACGUGCCGCCGAGCAUCGAGGAUGAGUGGCCGUUACCGGAGAUGUCAACGCGCGACAACUUCGUGUUCUUCCGCGGCAAGAUGGAAGUCCACCCCAAGAACGUCAGCGGCCGCUUCUACAGCAAGAGGGUGAGGACUGAGAUCUUGCGGAAGUACGGCGGGAAUCCUCGGUUCCGACUGGAGCGGAAGCGGUCUGGCGACUACCGGAGGGAGAUGGCGCGGUCGGUGUUCUGCCUCUGCCCGCUAGGGUGGGCGCCGUGGAGCCCGCGGCUGGUGGAGGCGGUGGCGCUAGGGUGUGUGCCCGUGAUCGUGGCGGACGACAUCCGGCUGCCUUUUACGGAGACGGUUGGGUGGCCGGAGAUAUCAUUGACAGUAGCGGAGGCUGAGGUCAACCGGCUGGAGGAGAUCCUUGACCGGGUGGCGGCGACGAACCUGUCGACGAUCCAGCGAAACCUGUGGGAGCCGGCGCGGCGCCGGGCGCUGCUCUUCCGCCGCCCCAUGGCUGAGGGAGAUGCCACGUGGCACGUGCUUAGGGCUCUCGAAGGGAUGCGGCUCCGCCAGCUGCGGCGGCCGAGAGACGGCGGUGGCGAAACCGACAGGUGGAGGUAGUGAGCUCAAUGAGAUGAGAUGCCUAAUUGCCUAUUCCGUAGCCUUUUUUUUUUUUUGAAGAAAAUAAUUAUUUUGUGAGAAAUAUAGACAGAGAAAAUGGGAAAUCAAACUGAAAUUUUGCUA